AUGUUGCAAGUAUUUGUUCUUCCGCUUCUGGCGAUAUGUCAACUCGGCGCUGCAUCGCCCUGCAAGCCUGUUUCUUCCACUUUCACCACAAUCUCGGUUGAAAUCACCGCUCUACCUACCCUUGCUUCAUCCACUGAUGUUUCGUCCACCAGUCCUCCUUUGACCGAAACAUUUAGUACUUCCAUCUCGGAGUCAAUGUCUGUAUCGGAGACUGAUGCUUUAUCCACUGGUGCUUCGUUGACUGAAACAUCUACUACUUCUAUGUCGGAGCCAACCUUUGUAUCAGAGACCGAAACAGCUCUUUCCGAGACAAUUCCUACAUUUGCACCUGAAACAGAGAUCUCAACGACUUUGGUCAAGACUUCCAGCGCUGAACCUACAACAACCACGACGUCUGUCAUAGAGCCGACAAACGUUCUUGCCAACCCCGGAUUUGAAUCAGCCUCGGUUUCUCCUUGGCACCGGAUCGGCCAGUUCGGAGAGGUUACCCUUACCGACGAAGAGACCCAUUCAGGCGCUUACUCGGGCCACUACUCUGCCGAUCUCAACGGCCCAGUAGUCUUGGGCGUCGAUCAUCCUAUUGAUCGUGAUUUGAUCACAGUUAACCAAGAGUACACAUACUCAAUCUGGAUCAAGACAACCGUGGCCAACAAUUGCAAUACGCGACAUAUUACCUGCGGAUCAGGUGGUGGGCACUUCAAGCGCGAGGAAUGGGCAGGCCCCUAUGGUGUGUGGACGCAGUUCACGAUGUCCUGUACUUGGAGUCAAGACUUCCUUGAUUUGGGACCAAGUAUUCAGAUUCGUGGAGAAUGUCAGAGUCUGGAGUUUGAUGUUGAUGAUGCUAUCGUUAUCGAAGCGAACUGA